CGAGAGGAGAUGGGUGGCACAGGAUGUUGGUGGGAGAGAAUCAGCCAGAGAUUUGACAAGCAAUGAUGCAGAUGAUGAAACUGUCGAGCAAGUUGAAAAGAAGCAUGUCCACCGGGAAACUGGCAACUCUCUCCUCCUCCAACACCACCGCUUCAACAACUCCGCCUUCUUUGGACGACAUUGAGAAUUUGUUUACUACGUUGGCAUCCCAUCCGGCCGUCAAGCAAUUUGCCUCCAUUGGCGCCGAGAACAAAAAACUCCGGAAGAAAUACAGCAAUCUCGAACGUGACAACACCCAUACAAUCAACCAGAUUGCGAGACUCCAGACAAGUCUGGACGCAGCUAGGAAGCAAGGUGAUGAUGCUUCCAAAAAGCUCCAGGAUGUCUUGAAGCAGAUGCAAACUCUUGAGUGCCAAUACCUCGAGGCCAAGAAGAAGCUCGCCGACAAUGAGACGCAGCUGGGCGACGAAAGGGGGAAGAUGCAGUGGCAGAUUGACUCCGUGAAGCAGGAGCUGAGUGAGGAGACAGCCAAGCUUGAGAGAUUAUCAACAUUUUCAGCCAGGCUGGUUCCCAUUACGGAAAAUAUCAAGCACAUUUGCAGUAUCAUGGACUCCAUCCGCACCUCUGCCGUCAAACUGGCCGAGACAUACUUUUGUGAUGACCUGCCCCUGAAUGGUGUCAACUGGACUACGAUCAAGAGCCACCCUGCUCUGAGCCGCACUGAUUGGAUCCUCCCUCUCCCCGUCUCCAACUCCGCAACCGCCAAACACAUGCGAAUAGCCACUUUCCUCGCCAUUCUUGGAUAUGAGUUGCGCAAUGCCAUCUUCCAGCCCAUCUAUCUCCUACGCAAAUCCUCCGAGCUGAAUGAAUUCCUCAACCAUCUGGCCGAAGAAAACGAAGAGGUCGAGGCUUACCUGCGCUCAGUACUCUUCCGGGCACUUGCCGAGUACAGGACCAUCACUGAUUCCAUCAGCACCGAAUGCACCGAUUCCGUGGUUAGCUCCGUCGCAAGUUGCUUCGAAAGCCUUGUGCUGGAGGCCAAACGCCAGCCAUUUGUUUCCGAGUUGAAGACAUACUGUACCAAGGCUUGCAAGGAGUGGGAGUACAUCCAGAGGCUUGAACGACGAGUGGAAUUUGAGACGGACCCAGAGGACGACGAUUUGAACAACAAGAAGUUUUGGCUGCCGCUCAGCACCAAGUCAUCAUGCUCGCUCGAGACAUCUCCUUCGAAACCACACGCCAAUGGCAGCACCAAGACUGCUUUGAAGGGGAUACAUAAGGGAGCAGCAUCGAGCAAGACGUCUUCUCCUCCUCUUCAUUCACCGGUCGAAGCCACAUAUUUUCUGGAUUUUUUUGUGGUUUGGCCAGCUGUAACGACCGAGCAGGUGAGGGGCACGGCGAUAUUAUCUUUGGGGUACUUUGUUAGUGGCAGAGAGAUCACCGCCGCGAUGAUGGAGCAGAGGGAGCUGUCUGCUACAAAGGACCAGCAUAGGGCUGCCAGAAGUGGCAGGAGGAAGUCGAGGGCCAUGUCGGUUGCUGGUCAUUCCCUUGGGGAGGAUGGAAAUGCCACGGGUCGGUCUGUGUCUUUUUUAUCCGCACAAGUUGGAAAUGGGCCAAAGGGAAGCUGAGGAGGAGUAGACCGAGAGUAUCGCAAUGAUGGACUUAUGUUUGGUCUAAACGAUGAUUGGAUUGGAGUGAUGAUGGUGGUGACAAUGACAGCUUCAUGAUUUUUGACAUGAUCGGAUUCUAAUUACAUGGCAGUUCAUGACAAGAAGAAAUAAGUAGUGAUACAUCACCAACUGUCGAGUACAGCAUUCGAAGCAAUUUGCGAUGAG